AUGGCCAAGAAUAAUAGCCGGCAAACGGGUGGCCAACAGUGUCCACUGCACAAAGUGAUCAUGGUCGGAUCCGGUGGGGUCGGCAAGUCUGCGCUCACACUCCAGUUCAUGUACGACGAGUUCAUCGAGGACUACGAGCCGACGAAAGCGGACUCGUAUCGCAAGAAAGUGGUUCUCGAUGGCGAUGAGGUGCAGAUCGACAUCCUGGACACCGCCGGUCAGGAGGAUUACGCCGCCAUUCGUGACAAUUACUUCCGAUCCGGCGAAGGCUUCCUCUGUGUCUACUCGUUGACAGAACACGAGUCGAAACGCCGGCAAGAGCAGAUACUGCGGGUGAAGGGCGACGAUAACAUACCAUUCCAAAAUCACCCUUUAUUUCGGCUAAACCUACUCUCUGCCUCCGUUACUCUGGAUGAGGCGCACCGACUGUCGGAGCUCUGGAAGGUUCCCUACAUCGAGACGAGCGCUAAGACGCGGCUUAAUGUCGAUAAAGUAUUCUUUGACUUAAUGCGUGAGAUUCGCAAACGUAAGCUCACGGAUGGAGAGACGAGUAAUGGCCCCAAAAAGGCCGGCCGUAAGAAAAAGCGGUGUAUUAUACUGUGA